ACCAACAACAAAAACCGCAAACAUUAAUCUACACAUACUACAACAGAUUCUAAUGGCGCCCGCCGCCGUUGCCGCCUCAUCGGGUUCCUCACCCACUACAACCAAUUCGUUGCAGGACAUGAGCGCAGCCGCCGCGGCCAUAGCCCUGGAUAUGAAGUCCAAUGUCGAAUUGGCCAUGGUGCCCGCUCAAAAGAUCGAAAAGUUGGUGAGUCGCAACGCCUCCGACAAGCUGAAGCUCAUCCAGAUGGUGCACGAUACUCCCAUUUUUUGGGACUCCCGUCUGCCCACCUUCAAGGGCGCCGAGGAGGAGUUUAAUGCGCCCGGACGCCGCGUGGCCCGCGCCUUCAAAUCGCUGCGCGAAUCUUAUCGCCGCGAAUUGGCUCAUGUCAAAUUGAUGGGCAAUGGAUUUAAGCCAAAAUGGAGCCUGUACGAGGCCUUGGAUUUCUUAAGAGAUGUCAUCAGGGAAAGAAAGGGCGCCUCACAUGCCAGCGAUCUCAGCCUGAGCGCCUUUGCCCAGCACUUGCACAACAAUAAUAACAACAGCAGCAACAACAACAAUCACAGCAUGCUGAGCGGGAGCAAAGCGGCAGCAGCAUGCGGCGCUGGGCAGGCAAACCAGCCGAGCUAUGACGACAUGGACGCCAACUCGUUGCGCAGCGGCGACGAGGAUGGCGGCAAUGCCUCCGACGAGGUGGAGGAGCUGGAGGCCAUCGACGCGGACUUUCCCUAUCCCAUCAUACUCGACUCCAAUUCGCCGCACAGCAUCAGCGGCGGCCCCGAGAUCGGGCAGACGGCAAUACCGCGCAAGCGUCGCCGCAACGGCGAAACGGAUGAGCUGGAGGAUGCGGAUCUGGAUGGUGACGACUAUGAGGAUCAAAUGCUGCAGCAGCAUCGUCAACUCAGGCAGCAACAGAGCGUCGCAGCUGUGGCUGGCGGUCUGGAGCUGCCGCCACCGCAAACGGUGAGCGAGGUGCUCAAUUCCAAAUUCUGUGGCUUCAUAUCGGCCAAGCUGAACAGCAUGGAGGAUUCGGAGGCGGACAAUCUAAUGAAUCGCAUACUCCACUUGGUUGUUCAGAUGCAGCAAUGUGAGGCGGCCACAUAGGCGCUGGGUGGGGUCUCCGGGUUUGGGUUGGGUUCCGGGUUUCUGGGUUAACUCUAGUUUUUAAGUCGUAGCAGA